AUGGAGCCAGGCGAGCCUGUUCAGUGUCAGUUCUCAGUCCCCCUCUACCCCCAGAGGGUUGAGAGUGUUCGUCACAGAGUGGAUGGGCUCGCUGAUGUGGGAGGUGCCAGGCUGGCCAAGCUUAAUAAGCAACAAUUGCAGUUACUGAAAGAACGAUUCCAGGCCUUCCUCAACGGGGAAACCCAGAUCGUAGCUGAUGAAGCAUUUUUCAAUGCUGUCCGGAGUUACUAUGAGGUUUUUCUGAAGAGUGAUCGAGUGGCCAGAAUGGUUCAGAGUGGAGGAUGUUCUGCUAAUGACUUCAGAGAGGUGUUUAAGAAGAACAUCGAGAAACGUGUGCGGAGUUUGCCAGAAAUUGAUGGCUUAAGCAAAGAGACAGUGCUGAGCUCAUGGAUAGCCAAAUACGAUGCCAUUUACAGGGGUGAAGAGGACUUGUGUAAACAGCCAAGUAGGAUGACCCUCAGUGCUGUGUCUGAACUUAUUCUGAGCAAGGAACAGCUCUAUGAAAUGUUUCAGCAGAUUCUGGGUAUUAAGAAACUGGAGCACCAACUCCUUUAUAAUGCAUGUCAGUUGGAUAAUGCAGAUGAACAAGCAGCCCAGAUCAGGAGGGAACUUGAUGGCCGGUUGCAAUUGGCAGAGAAGAUGGCAAAGGAAAGAAAAUUCCCCAAAUUCAUAACAAAAGAAAUGGAGACUAUGUACAUAGAAGAGUUGCGAUCCUCAGUGAAUUUGCUAAUGGCCAACUUGGAAAGUCUUCCAGUUUCGAAAGGUGGUCCAGAGUUUAAACUACAGAAAUUAAAACGCUCCCAGAAUUCUGCAUUUUUGGACAUAGGAGAUGAGAGUGAGAUUCAGCUGUCCAAGUCUGACGUGGUGCUGUCGUUCACCUUAGAGAUUGUCAUAAUGGAAGUGCAAGGUUUGAAGUCAGUCGCUCCCAAUCGAAUUGUUUACUGCACAAUGGAAGUAGAAGGAGGAGAGAAACUGCAGACAGACCAGGCAGAAGCCUCAAGGCCACAAUGGGGAACUCAAGGAGAUUUCACCACCACCCAUCCCAGGCCCGUGGUCAAAGUGAAGCUCUUCACAGAAAGCACUGGCGUCCUGGCCCUUGAAGACAAAGAACUGGGAAGGGUGAUAUUGUACCCAACUUCCAAUAGCUCCAAGUCAGCGGAGUUGCACCAAAUGAUAGUUCCAAAAAAUAGCCAGGAUUCUGACUUAAAAAUCAAACUGGCAGUGCGAAUGGAUAAACCGCCACAUAUGAAACAUAGUGGGUAUCUGUAUGCCCUUGGACAGAAGGUUUGGAAAAGAUGGAAAAAACGUUACUUUGUUCUUGUUCAGGUCAGCCAGUACACCUUUGCCAUGUGCAGCUACAGAGAAAAAAAGUCUGAGCCGCAAGAAUUAAUGCAGCUUGAAGGAUACACUGUGGAUUAUACAGAUCCCCACCCAGGCCUUCAGGGUGGUCGCAUGUUCUUCAACGCUGUUAAAGAAGGAGACACUGUUAUAUUUGCCAGUGAUGAUGAGCAGGAUAGAAUAUUAUGGGUCCAAGCCAUGUAUAGGGCCACAGGUCAAUCUUAUAAACCCAUCCCUGCAAUUCAAACCCAGAAGCUGAAUCCUAAAGGAGGAACUCUUCAAGCAGAUGCUCAGCUUUAUGCAGACCGUUUUCAGAAACAUGGUAUGGAUGAGUUUAUUUCUGCAAACCCUUGCAAGCUUGACCACGCCUCCCUUUUCAGAAUACUCCAGAGGCAGACUUUGGAUCACAGACUGAAUGAUUCCUAUUCUUGCUUGGGUUGGUUUAGCCCUGGCCAGGUUUUUGUGUUGGAUGAGUACUGUGCCCGGUACGGUGUGCGAGGCUGCCACAGACACCUCUGCUACCUUGCAGAGCUGAUGGAACACUCAGAGAACGGUGCUGUCAUUGACCCAACCCUGCUCCAUUACAGCUUUGCAUUCUGCGCCUCUCAUGUGCACGGCAACAGGCCUCCAGUAUACGGAACCGUUGCAAUGGAAGAGCAUGAGUUCUUUGAGGAGAUUAAGAGAGGGUGACGUUCUUCCUUAGAAAAUCAGAUAAGCCAUUUCAGAUACUGCUUUCCCUUUGGACGACCUGAGGGUGCCCUGAAAGCUACACUGUCCUUACUUGAAAGGGUUUUAAUGAAAGAUAUUGCCACUCCCAUACCAGCAGAAGAGGUGAAAAAAGUGGUCAGAAAAUGUCUGGAGAAAGCCGCCUUGAUCAAUUACACUAGACUCACAGAAUAUGCCAAAAUAGAAGGCCCAGCAGAAAAGGAGACAGAGACCAUGAGCCAGGCCGCUCCUGCCAGGAAGCUGGAGGAAGUUCUUCACCUAGCAGAGCUCUGCAUAGAAGUCUUACAGCAAAAUGAAGAGCAUCAUGCAGAGGCAUUUGCCUGGUGGCCGGAUCUACUGGCGGAGCAUGCGGAGAAGUUCUGGGCUUUAUUCACAGUGGAUAUGGAUACUGCACUGGAGGCUCAGCCACAGGAUUCCUGGGAUAGUUUUCCUCUUUUCCAACUGCUUAAUAAUUUCCUCAGAAAUGACACACUUUUGUGUAAUGGAACGUUUCACAAACACUUGCAAGAAAUCUUUGUGCCCUUGGUUGUUCGCUACGUCGAUCUCAUGGAGUCCUCCAUCGCCCAGUCAAUUCACAGAGGUUUUGAGCAAGAGACAUGGCAGCCUGUCAACAAUGGCUCAGCAACAUCUGAAGACCUUUUUUGGAAACUCGAUGCACUUCAAAUGUUUGUCCUUGACCUACACUGGCCAGAACAAGAAUUUGCCCACCACUUAGAGCAAAGACUUAAACUAAUGGCCAGUGAUAUGAUAGAGGCCUGUGUCAAAAGAACAAGAGCUGCAUUUGAACUCAAGCUGCAAAAGGCAAACAAAACCACUGACUUGCGCAUUCCCGCUUCUGUGUGUACCAUGUUUAAUGUGUUAGUUGAUGCCAAAAAGCAAAGCACCAAACUCUGUGCCCUGGACGGAGGACAAGAGCAACAGUACCAUUCCAAAAUAGAUGAUUUGAUUGACAACACUGUAAAAGAAUUCCUUUCACUGCUAGUUUCAAAGUUUAUUUCAGUGUUGGAAGGGGUGUUGUCUAAGCUGUCGAGAUACGAUGAAGGCACUUUCUUUUCAUCCAUUCUGUCAUUCACUGUGAAAGCGGCUGCAAAAUAUGUUGAUGUUCCAAAACCAGGAAUGGAUCUGGCAGACACCUAUAUUAUGUUUGUUCGGCAGAAUCAGGAUAUUCUUCGAGAAAAGGUCAAUGAAGAAAUGUAUAUAGAAAAGUUGUUUGAUCAAUGGUACAGCAGUUCCAUGAAAGUCAUCUGUGUGUGGUUGGCGGACAGAUUAGACCUUCAGCUUCAUAUUUACCAACUGAAGACGCUCAUCAAGAUCGUGAAGAAAACCUAUAGGGACUUCCGAUUGCAGGGUGUGUUGGAAGGCACACUGAACAGUAAGACCUACGACACUGUGCACAGGCGGUUAACAGUGGAGGAGGCUACAGCCUCUGUUUCAGAAGGAGGCGGACUUCAGGGCAUUACCAUGAAGGACAGUGACGAAGAAGAGGAGGCCUGAGGGUGUGCGGCUUGUAGAAGAGAGCAGGUCCUUGACAUGGCUUUAUUUUGUACCUGGUCCUUGUAGUUACAGUGUUUGACCAAAUAAAAAUGCUUGUCUUUCACUCCACAUUUUCAAAAGUAAACCUGGAAGCAGAAAUAAAGGGGAAAAUGUCAAGUUUGCCAAGUUUUUUGUUUUGUUUUUAAGAAGAUCAGCCUUUUUUGUGUUGCUUGACCCAAUAUGAGCUUUGGCUCUGUUUGUGACUAGAACUAUUUUCUUAGUUGACUUUUUUUUUUCUGUAAUCACAUCAAAAUAGUGUCCUGUGUAUGAGGUGAGUAUAUCUCAUAAUACCACAUUGGGAGAAGUCACUUCUGUUCACUCUGCCAGCUCUGCUGUACCCGUGUUAAAGUGGUAUGCACAGUUUAUCAUUUAUGUGCAAGGUUUGUUUCAUAAUUAAUUUGUCAUUGUUGUGACGUCUGAGAAAACAUUAACCUUGGUUCUUAGUACUCUGAAUUGGCCUGCAGGUAUAUUCCUGGGCUUACAGGACUGCCAAAGCCAAAUAAAGGCUAGAUUACCCAAUGUCCUGUGUCUUGUUCCAUUCUGAACAUUUCUUUUUAAAAUGUAAAAAAAAUCCCAAAGUGUGGGUUAGUGAGUGUGCUGCCAUCAACAUACUUUAUUCUCCUACUUGUAAGAGCUUGCAGGCAAUAAAAACCCACUUAGUCAUAAGCACUUCUGUAUUUAUUAGACUUGUAUAGAUUAAAUGCAGUAAAAAAUGU